GCUGUAGUAAUUCCAGCGAGAGGCAGAGGGAGCGAGCGGGCGGGCUUGAGGGCGCAACAGCCGAGCCCGGCGAGCGAGCGAGCAGAGCCGCCGCGCUCCGGGCUUCCAGGACAGGGAGCUCCGGAGCGAAAGCGGGGGCUACUCCGGGCCCGCCGCCCCCAGCCCGGCCCUCCCGCUGACUCCCACCGGCGGUGGUCCGCACCCCUCGCCGCAUCCACGAAACUUUGCCCAUUGCAGCGGGCAGGCACUUUGCACUGGAACUUACAACACCGACUCUCCGGACGCGGGGAGAACACUCCGCCGAUUUGGGGACACUUUUCCCCGCCGCUGCCCAGGCCCCGCUCCUCUGAAGAGCGCUCCUCGCAGCUGUCUGGAAGCUGUAUUUCUUUCGGGGAGUAGAAAACCCGCAGGCUGCCGCGACGAUGCCCCUCAACGUCAGUUUCGCCAACAGAAACUAUGACCUAGACUACGACUCGGUGCAGCCUUAUUUCUACUGCGACGAGGAGGAAAACUUCUACCAGCAGCAGCAGCAGAGCGAGCUGCAGCCGCCGGCGCCCAGCGAGGAUAUCUGGAAGAAAUUCGAGCUGCUGCCCACCCCGCCCCUGUCCCCAAGCCGUCGCUCCGGGCUCUGCUCGCCCUCCUACGUUGCUGUCGCGUCCUUCUCCCCCAGGGGAGAUGAUGACGGCGGCGGCGGCAGCUUCUCCACGGCCGACCAGCUGGAGAUGGUGACCGAGCUGCUGGGAGGAGACAUGGUGAACCAGAGCUUCAUCUGCGACCCGGACGACGAGACCUUCAUUAAAAACAUCAUCAUCCAAGACUGUAUGUGGAGCGGGUUCUCGGCCGCUGCCAAGCUGGUCUCAGAGAAGCUGGCCUCCUACCAAGCUGCGCGCAAAGACAGCAGCAGCCCGAGCCCCGCGCGCGGGCACGGCGGCUGCUCCACCUCCAGCCUGUACCUGCAGGACCUGAGCGCCGCCGCCUCCGAGUGCAUCGACCCCUCGGUGGUCUUCCCCUACCCGCUCAACGACAGCAGCUCGCCCAAGCCCUGCGCCUCACCCGACUCUGCCGCCUUCUCCCCGUCCUCGGACUCUCUGCUGUCCUCGACCGAAUCCUCUCCGCAGGCCAGCCCCGAGCCCCUGACACUCCACGAGGAGACACCACCCACCACCAGCAGCGACUCUGAGGAAGAACAAGAGGAUGAGGAAGAAAUUGAUGUCGUUUCUGUGGAAAAGAGGCAGCCCCCUCCCAAAAGGUCAGAAUCGGGGUCACCUUCUGCUGGAGGCCACAGCAAACCUCCUCACAGCCCACUGGUCCUCAAGAGGUGCCACGUCUCCACCCAUCAGCACAAUUAUGCAGCACCCCCCUCCACUAGGAAGGACUAUCCGGCUGCCAAGAGAGCUAAGUUGGACAGUGGCAGAGUCCUGAAACAGAUAAGCAACAACCGAAAAUGUGCCAGUCCCAGGUCCUCGGACACAGAGGAGAAUGACAAGAGGCGGACACACAACGUCUUGGAACGCCAAAGGAGAAACGAGCUGAAACGAAGCUUUUUUGCCCUGCGUGACCAGAUCCCAGAGUUGGAAAACAAUGAAAAGGCCCCCAAAGUAGUUAUCCUUAAAAAAGCCACAGCAUACAUCCUGUCUGUCCAAGCAGAGGAGCAAAAACUUAUUUCAGAAAAGGACUUGUUGCGGAAGCGGCGAGAACAGUUGAAACACAAACUUGAACAGCUGCGGAACUCUUGUGCCUAAAUUGACCUUUUGGAGGGAGGAACUGGAAUCGCUGGUGAAUUCUCAUAUUCUCACUUGUUACAAAGGCAAGUAAGGAAAAGAGUUCCUUCCACAGAACUGCAGCAAUUCAUUACCUAUGAACUUCAUUCAGAUGCAUGAUGAAAUGCAACCUCACAACCUUGGCUGGAUCUUGGGACUGAAAGAUUUAGCCAUAAUGUAAACUGCCUCAAAUAGGACAUUGGGCAUAAAAGAACUUUUUUUAUGCCCGCCAUGUUUUGUUUUGUUUUGUUUUGUUUUCCUUUAACAGAUUUGUAUUUAAGAAUUGUUUUUAAAAAUCUUAAAGUUUAACAAUAGUCUUGUGUAAAUAUGGACAUUAAAUGUAAAUAACUUUAAUAAGACAUUUAUACCAGUUAUACGAGAUUGCAAACAAUGUAUUAUAAUGCAUAAUUUUUUUUAUUUAAGUACAUUUUCCUUUUUAAAGUUGAUUUUCUAUUGUUUUUAGAAAAAAUAAAAUACAUGGCGAAUAUAUAAUUAAGCCAAAUCUUAA